AUGAAGAGCAGCAUGGCAGAGCUUCCUGAUGAACAAGACAUGCUAACAGAACAAGAGAUUGAUGUCUCACUUACUCCUAACCCUCCACCAGCAUCUCUGUGGAGGAGAAUGUGGAGAGCGAGCAUUACAGCUGCAGCAUAUAUUCUUCUAUAUACUCUCUCUCAAGUUAUAGGUUUAUGGGUUCUCUACAUGCUGAAUGGAUACAGAGCUUUCCAAGCAGCAUACAAAGUAUUGGGCCUCAUCCAGUACAUUCUGUCAAAUGCAGAGUCUUCUGACCAAGAGAUGGAGAUUUGGAGUGUUGAAUGUAUGUGUCCACUAUUAGCAACGCUGUUCCUUGGAGUAGUUAUCCUUGGCACUGGAGCAUUAUUCUGUAUUAGAGCUUUAGUUCCUGGUAAUUCCACUGGCUUCCAUGAUGACCGUCGUCAAUCCAUAAACAGACAGCCAUCCUUUACUUACUCAGAGUGGACUGAUGCCAAGCAGGAGGAUUUUUAUGAGUUGGAUACAGUUCCUGAGACACCUGUGUUUGAUUGCUUCAUGGAUAUAAAGACAGAUGGGGACCCAACUACCCUCAAGGUCAAACCAGUGGGCCUGCAGGAAAGGAGAGGUUCAAAUGUGUCUCUGACUUUGGAUAUGUGCACUCCUGGCACCACAGAACCAUAUGGGAUGCUGCUGUCUCCUCGAGACCAGAGUACACAAGAGUAUUUGGAGAAUGCAUCUAAUCCGCUCACACCAGCACAGCUGCAUAUACGUGCCAUGGAUGAUGCUGUUCUACAAACUGAGUUCUAUGAGGUACCUAUGAACUUUGUGGACCCAAAGGAAUAUAAUGUUCCAGGUGUAGUGAGGAAGAACCGCUACAAAACCAUCCUGCCAAACACACACAGUAGGGUUUGCCUUCAAGGAACAAAGGAGGAUGACUUUCUCAGUACAUACAUCAAUGCUAACUACUUGAAGGGCUAUGGUGGGCAAGAGAAGGUAUACAUUGCCACUCAGGGUCCAACUGUCAACACAGUGGGAGAUUUCUGGAGGAUGGUUUGGCAGGAAUGCUGUCCAAUCAUUGUCAUGAUCACCAACAUUGAGGAGAAAAAUGAGAAAUGCACAGAGUACUGGCCAGAGGACAGUGUGACCUAUGAAGGCAUUGAGAUCACUGUCAAACAGUUCAUUCAGGCUGAUGACUACAGUCUAAGGAUCUUCACUGUGAAGCAUGAAGGUGAGGAGCGCAGUCUCAGGCACUACUGGUACACAUCAUGGCCAGAUCAGAAAACUCCAGAUAAAGCCCCACCUCUUUUACAAUUGGUCCAAGAAGUGGAGGAAGUGAGGAAACAGGCUCCACCCUCUAGUGGCCCUGUGACUGUUCACUGCAGUGCAGGAAUUGGCCGCACUGGCUGCUUCAUUGCCACUGCUAUCCUGUGUGAGCAGCUUAGACAUGAAGGAGUGGUGGACAUCUUGAGAACCACCAGCCAACUACGUUUGGACAGGGGUGGCAUGAUUCAAACAGCUGAGCAGUACCAGUUUGUGCAUCAUGUCCUGAGUCUGUAUGAAAGACAGCUGACUUGGAGACCAGAAGAAUAG